GUACUAAACGCGCGUGUUUUGAAAUUUUGUCCAGUCUGGUGGGCUCACAUCAAAGGUUGCCGCCGCCGGCAAUUCAGACAGUGAAACCAAAAUUGCAGCAAUUUUGCUUGAAGUUGCCAGUGUUGAACUUUGCCGACGACAUCAAGAGUAAUUUUAAGGUUUUCUCUAAGCCAACAAGUGAUUUUCUUACUGUAGACAGUCAAAACUGAAGCAGCACCAUGCGCCGCACGACAAGAUCGACCAUUGCAAAUUUCGAACGAGACGAGAUAAUCAUGACUGAAAAUAAAAGUCCAAACUCCGUAGAAGAGAAACCAGUUCUUGACAGCAUUUUCGAAAUCACAGCAAAUUUAGAAAAUUCCUAUGCAGAGGAAAGUUAUGUUCUUUUGACCAAGCUGAGGCGACAAUUGGAGCUUCUGAAGGAGGACUCGUGCUUCUCAGAGGAUUCGUUCAAGGGCUAUGCUUGUCAUCAUGGCCUUAACGAAACUUUGAAGGAUGAAUUUAUUUUGAAUCAAGACUCGCUACGCAACCUGCUUGUUGCCUUGGGCUCGAUUCUGGAGGGCAGUCUGAAAAGUGGCAUUCAAGACUCACUGCCUGUGCUCAACAUUCUCGAAAGCAUCACUUGCACUUACUACGGUCGCAAGCUUGUUUCAAUGGAUUCCAAAAUAAUGGAGUGGAUCUUUGCCAAACUGGACAACAUCGUUGGACACCAGCAAAGUGAAUUCGAAGACCAUAUCCUGAACAUCCUGCAGAAAUGCUCCAGAUCGUUCAAAGCCAAAUUGACCGAUGACUGGAUUCAAAAAGCACUGACAAAAUUAAAGGACCUAUUACUAAACGACCAUGCUGAUUUCAUCGACAAAGUACCGUUCGUCUACUUGGACAUUUUCCUCAAUAUUCUCAUUAACAACAGAACCAGACUGUCGAUGAUCCCAGUCAGAGAUUUGAAAGCAAUCCUUGGAAAGAUAGGAACGAGCCACGGAAGAGGAGAUCGGGAUGGAUUCCUUCUUAUGGCCGCCAGACUGCAACUUCUUCUUACACCCUAUGAGUUUAUAUCGAUUGAUAUCAAUUUGACUCCGACUUCACUUAGCAUCAGCCACAUCAUCUUACUACUGAGUGGUACUUUGAAAGUGUCCAACGUACCUGACGAAACUAUAUAUUGCAUUGAUUGCAUCAAUCUGUUGUGCGACGUCGUCCGCUGCAAUCCAAACUCAGUGAAGUGGUAUCAACAAAACUGGCUUUUGCUUUUUGGAAAAUUCCUUGCGUUGUCUGACGAGAACAAGGAAAAGUGGUACAACUGUUUGGCAGAGCCACUUCUGGAGUUGAUAUCUUGCCUUCAAUAUAACAGCGUCAAACUUGCCUUCAACGAAGAAACAAGAGAAUCUUUAAAUAACUGGACAACUGAAACCUGCUUUUACAUUUUGAACGAGCUCAGCAAGUGUGAUUCUAUGCAAAUUAAAGUAAUAUGUGCUAUGAGGAGCAACGCCUUUUCAACUCUGGCUAAGAGCAUCACCUCGGAGGAGAUUCUUUUCAAAACCCCAAAUCCGCUCAGACUAAAGGUUGUGGCUUUGACUGUUGAAGAAUUAGUAAGAGCUUUGAAAGACAACCAGAGUCGCAACAAAGAUCUUGAAUGCUCUGUUUGGACAAAUGCAGCCAAGUUCAUCACAAAAGUUGCGGAUUUUGAUGGAGAGUUCAGCAACAACCUGAACAAACAGCUACUUGAUGCUAAGCUCUGCAGUGUAGGAGGUCGUUGUCGAGAUCUUGCGCUUGCCAGCGUUGUAUUGGCUUCCUACAUGGGAAAUGUUUUGCCCACCUUGUGGCUUGACAAAGCUCAAGCUUAUUUUGAAAGAGACGACGUGUGCGAAGAAAUCGCUCACGCGUACUUGACUUCUCUGACGGAAAAUUUCAAAGAGCUGAACUUGGCUGUUUCACAGCUCACAGAAAAAGGACAAUUUUGUUUGCGGAAUUACCUAGAAGCUUCAAGGACGAGUGUCGGCAGCAAUUUUCAAAGCCCUGCUAAAAAGAGAAUCAAAGUUUCUGAAAACAGCAAAACUGUUGAUACAGAUUCAUUGCAAGAGGUUAUUUCUAAAUAUGAGAAUAAGUUGAUUGUUCUGAAUAUGGAGGUUGAUACGUUCAAGAAACUUCUGGCUUCCCAGACUACUUUGUCAGAGCUUAACAUCCAAAAAGCAAAUACUGCUGAGCAAGAGAAAGCAGAUCUGAUUAGGUGGAAUUUGGAGCUUAUUACUGUGCGCGAUGAUUUGCAUGUUCAGUGUCAAAGGAAAGAGCAAGAAUUGAAAGAUCUGCAGAGAUUUCUCGCAAACUUGAAACAGGUGGCUGAGACAGCGAAGAUUAAUUUGGAGAUAAAGACCAAGGAGUUGGCAAAGGCUGAGCAAGAGCUAUCUGGUUUCAAGGAUAUAAUGGAAAAAAAUCAGUCGGAAAAGACCGAAUUGAAGAAAACCAUUGCUGCGCAAGAGCAGAAACUCGUCAAGUUCAGACAAUUAGCUCAGGACAAUAAACUGGAAAUGGCAAAACAAGAAGAGGCGCUAAAUAAAAAGGAUCAUCUGCUCAAGAGCAUGAAGGAGGAAAAUACUGAUAUGCUGAAGGAAAUUGAGGAACUGCGCAUAUUCAGAGCAAGCAUCCUUAAUGUUGCUUCCACAUCUAUCAGAAGUAGUAAUAGUAAAUGAUAUGCUAAAAUAUUGUACUGAAAUUAAAUCAUCUACUAGAAUAAAUUAUUUUUCUACUUUCUAAUCAUAAUUAUCA